AUGUCUCAAUCACCUCCGCCGUCUCCAUCAUGGACCUUUGGUGGCAUGGCCAAUAACGCUGUACAAUUUCUCCGUUUACCAGUUCUAGCAUCUUCAGGUCUGGCUGUGGUCGCAAGUGGAGUUCUUUACUUCAAGCAAAAUGAAGUUAUUUACCCCCGCAAUAUCCCAGCCGAUGCGCGAACCCAUGUGCCAAGUCCCCGUCAAUUUGGCAUCACCGAUUUUGAAGAGCUUCACAUCCCAACACCAGACGGCGAAUCUCUGCAUGCGCUCUUCCUCAAACAGUCCAAGAGUCGUUUCAGUCGCAACCUUACAGUGAUUAUGUUCCACGGCAAUGCUGGCAAUAUCGGCCAUCGUGUCCCGAUCGCAAAGGCAAUCCAGGAUGCUCUGCAAUGCAACGUCUUCAUGCUCGAAUACCGAGGCUAUGGAAAGUCCACUGGCACACCAGACGAAGUGGGUCUGAAGAUUGAUGCCCAGACUGGCUUGGAUUAUUUGCGAAAGCGCCCGGAAACUUGCGACACAAAGUUUGUUGUCUACGGACAGAGCUUGGGUGGCUCAGUCGCGAUCAAUCUGGUCGCAACCAAUCAAGACCAGGGCGAUAUUGCCGGUUUGAUUCUAGAGAACACUUUCCUUAGCAUUCGCAAGUUGAUUCCCUCUAUCAUGCCCCCAGCGCGCUUUCUCGUGCGCUUCUGCCACCAGACUUGGCAAAGCGAGGACUGGUUGCCUAAAAUCGGCAAGAUUCCUAUCUUGUUCCUGAGUGGUCUUAAGGAUGAAAUUGUGCCGCCCUCUCAUAUGACCGGACUAUUCGCUGUCUGCGAGGCGGAGACCAAAAUCUGGCGCACCCUACCGAACGGAGCCCAUAAUGAUUCUGUGGCCGAGCCAGGUUACUUUGAUCACAUCCUUUCUUUCGUCACCGAGGAAUGCAUGGAGGAUAAGAAUUAA